UAGUCACGUGUUACUGACGUUAAAACGGUGUAAUAAGGGAAUAUCAGUGGUUAAUAUUAUCGGUUUGACACGUCUCCAAUUAGUAAUGUAUGUUUUUUUAACUUCAUAUUUAAAUAUAGAUCUUUUAGAGAUAGCGAAUGUACCAUACAACACAUAAUGCAGAGGUAAAUCCUUGACAGAACAAAAUCAUUAUUUGCUGGUGACCAUGUAACAGCGUUUUCUAAAAUAACGUAAUCAAGUAAUGUUAUGAAUUCUCAGCAAUGUCCCGAGUUCCAUAGCGGUGAGAUUCCACGGAUACUGAGACUCCACCUGGGACGGUUAGUGACCAAGGAGGAUCGGAAGAAGGAGGUAGGAGAUUCUGUAGGUAAAUCUUUCAUGUGUAGAUCCAACAGCCCCGGAGUUCUAGAAAACGACUUAGAAACUAAACACGGUUCAAGUACCGGAGAUAAUUUUACUGAAGGUUACACACGAAGACCUCCAACAAAGAAGUACGUGUACGCCAAUCAAACAUCACAGAUCGACAUCCCUGGCUUUCUCUACCUCAAUACAGGCAUGAAGAUUAAACAGAAAAUUUACUCAGAUGAGCAAGAGGUCGCCUUCGGCUGGUAUCGCCCCCACAGCUUGGCCGCAAAAUGCUGGGGAUUUUACCUUGCUCGUAUGACGUCAUCCAUUUCGUCCUUAACUGAUGACCACGCCUAUUUUACAACGUAGCCACGCCCACUAUAUAGGCCACGUAUAAUGAUGACCACGCCUAUUUUACAACGUAGCCACGCCCACUAUAUAGGCCACGUUUAAUGAUGACCACGCCUAUUUUACAACGUAGCCACGCCUACUAUAUAGGCCACGUAUAAUGAUGACCACGCCUAUUUUAAAACGUAGGCACUCCUACUAUAAGGUCACGCAGACUGAUGACCACGCCUAUUUUACAACGUAGCCACGCCUACUAUAUAGGCCACGCGUAC